UCGCGGCGGACGUCGCUUCCGUAGCAGCAUGGCGGCCACGGAGGAAGAGCGGCCGGCGGGGAGCGGUGAGGGAGAGCGGCUGGAUUUCCUGCGAGACCGGCACGUGCGAUUCUUCCAGCGCUGCCUCCAGGUCUUGCCCGAGCGUUAUUCUUCGCUCGAGACCAGCAGGCUGACAAUUGCAUUUUUUGCGCUCUCCGGGCUGGAUAUGUUGGAUUCCUUAGAUCUGGUGAACAAAGAUGAUAUAAUAGAGUGGAUUUACUCCCUGCAGGUCCUUCCCACAGAAGACAGAUCAAAUCUAAAUCGCUGUGGUUUCCGAGGCUCUUCAUACCUGGGUAUUCCAUUCAAUCCGUCAAAGAAUCCUGGAACAGCUCAUCCUUAUGAUAGUGGCCACAUAGCAAUGACCUACACGGGCCUUUCAUGCUUAGUUAUUCUUGGAGACGACUUAAGCCGAGUAAAUAAGGAAGCUUGUUUAGCAGGCUUGAGAGCCCUUCAGCUAGAAGAUGGCAGCUUCUGUGCAGUCCCUGAAGGCAGUGAAAAUGAUAUGCGAUUUGUAUACUGUGCCUCCUGUGUUUGCUAUAUGCUGAACAAUUGGUCUGGCAUGGAUAUGAAAAAAGCCAUCAGUUACAUCAGAAGAAGUAUGUCCUAUGACAAUGGGCUGGCACAGGGAGCUGGACUUGAAUCUCAUGGAGGAUCGACUUUUUGUGGCAUCGCAUCACUGUGUCUGAUGGGUAAACUAGAAGAAGUUUUCUCAGAAAAAGAAUUGAACCGGAUAAAGAGAUGGUGUAUAAUGAGGCAACAGAAUGGUUAUCAUGGAAGACCUAAUAAGCCCGUAGACACCUGUUACUCUUUUUGGGUGGGAGCAACUCUAAAGCUUCUGAAAAUUUUUCAGUACACCAACUUUGAGAAAAAUAGAAAUUACAUCUUAUCAACUCAAGAUCGCCUGGUAGGUGGAUUUGCCAAGUGGCCAGAUAGUCAUCCAGAUGCUUUGCAUGCAUACUUUGGGAUCUGUGGCCUGUCACUAAUGGAGGAAAGCGGAAUUUGUAAAGUUCAUCCUGCCCUGAAUGUAAGCACACGGACUUCUGAACGCCUUCGAGAUCUCCAUCAGAGCUGGAAAACCAAGGACUCUAAACAGUCCCCAGAGAAUGUGCACAUCUCCACAUGACUGACUUCACUUAGGUUGGGAGGGUGGGGGGAUUCGUAGCAUAACUGUAGCUCAAGGUUAAAAGCCAUGUAUAACCAAGUGUGCUCUUUUUCUAAGAGGUAGUCUCACAAUCAAAUCUCGUGCCGAUGUCACUUUGGAAUAUGGUCUUGAGCCAGUAACCUUUGUACUGGGUUUCAAGAAAAUCUUUGUUGAAGUUGGAACCACAGUGGACUCUGUUGUGGUUCUUAAAUGUUUAUACUGUAUUUCUAAGAAGUUCUUUGAGGCAAAUUAACUAUAUGUAUGUAAGUUAUCUUUUUAAAAAACUCUUCAGUACAAAUUGUAUCAUACUAUAAAGUGGACACAAAUCUUCAAAACAAGUUUACAGUUCACUUAGCAUUGAUAAUCUUUGGGUGAACACUUAGGGAUCAUUUAAAAAGCUUAAUAGCUGAUGGUAGGAAAUUGCUUUAAUGAAUUAAGUAUCUAGGAUUCUUCUUUGAAAACAGAUGGUUCCAUAAUUUUUAAAAAGAAGAAUGACUUAUUUUGGCUUAUUAAGUGUGCCAGUUAAACUUAUGUGGCCUAUAUAAAUGAAAUUAACUUCAUAGCAAGGAUGAAUAGGCUUAACUAAUACAGUAAUUUUCUAAAAGGACAUUGAUUUAAGAAGACUUAUAUAAUUGAGGGAAAAAUAAUUUUAACUGUAUGUGAUCGUGAAUGAGAAAGUUUUGUGCUGUGUGGGUCACUUACUUAGAUGUUGUGAGGGUGAAUAACAGCUGUGUCUGAUUUUUUAAUUUCAUUAGUUGCUUUUUCUUCUUUCUGGGGGGAAAAUAGUCACCUAGAAGGAAAGAGAUAUUGAGUGGUUUGGUUUAUUUUUCUGAAAUACGUGAUAUUGUAAAUUGUACUUUUAUAAGGGAGUUUUUUUAGCCAUUUGGUUUUUUUUUAGUUUGUUGUGUCCAGUGUGUUAGUGGUUCUAAUUUCAAAAUGACAAUUUUCUAAUUUUUUCAAAAUAAGUAAAACUCUCAGUAAAAAACAAAACCACUAAAGUAAAUUUAAUGGUGCAGCUCCAUACAUGGUCAUUUAUAUUUUUAUAUUUUCAAGUAAGUGGAAGGGAAGUGUUCUGUUAGGUGUUAAAGGGUGUCACUUUUGUUCUUUUUGUUUUGUUCAUUCUGUGAACUAGCUAAUUAUAAAGGAAAUAGUGUAAAAACUCAUCUUCAUUAGUAACCAAUUUAUCAGUAAAUCACAUCCAUCACUGUUGUUGAAUGUCGUUCAGAGAUGUGAGACAAGUACUGAAAUGGAGAAGAAAAUCUCUUCACUGCAGGAGCUGGGUUAAAGUUAAAGUCUUGGUGAUAAUAAAUGUGGAACUAUUCUACAACUAUGAGUGUAAAAACUAAAUUACUAGUAUAACUGUUUAGGAAUUAUAAUAUAUAAAUUUUAAUUUCUUUCCUAAAUUUUAGGGGGAAAUGCCCUUAAAUAAUGAUCCUUCCAAAGGAAAAUCUGGUAUGUGCUUGGGAAAAGCAUUUUGUUUUGUAUGUGCUUGGGAAACACAUUUGUUAUUGGAUCCUUAGUUUUAAAAUUCCUCUUGCCAGCGUCAACUUUAUUAUUUUUUUUUAUUAGAAAUAAAAUCCGUUUUCUGAUUGUGGGGAAAAUAUAAGCUUAACAGCAGAUGUUAUCUUUCAGCAAGUUAUUUCAGUUGCUUCUAUUUAAAUCCUGGCAAAUUAAGACAUCCCUAUCUCAAACUAAGUCACUUCCUAGACUUUGAGAGUUAAAAUAGCCUGUAUGGAAUGGCUUUAGAGCUAUUAUAAAAAACCCAGAUUGUUUUUCUUGAAUUGCCACUAGCAGUUAGAAGAAAGUUAGUAAUAAUAGUAACCAUAUCCGCAAAGGGAAGAGAAUUCCAAGUUUAAAAGUAUUUCAUAGAACUAUUUUUUUAAGAGAUUUUAUUUUAUUGACAGAGAGAGAGAUCACAAGUAGGCAGAGAGGCAGGCAGAGAGAGAAGGGGAAGCAGGCUCCCCACUGAACAGAGAGUCUGAUGCGCGGGGCUCAAUCCCAGAACCCUGAGAUCAUGACCUGAGCCGAAGGCAGAGGCUUAAUUAACCUACUGAGCCUGAGACUCAGGCACCCCAUUUCAUAGAACUAUUAAGAAAUAUUUCCUAACUCCUAUAAUUUAAUAGUAUAAGACUAUAAAUUACAAUAUGAUUCAAAUUGGUACACAUGUGAGGGGCCUUUUUAUGAAAUCUUGUGGCCCAGUUGAGUGUUUACCUUCUAUCGUGGUGUGCCAACCAAAACACACAGGCCAGAGAACUGCAGAGAAAUGACUCUUGUUUCUAAACAGUUAUUUACAAGAGCAGUACUUAUUAAUAGACUAAAUUAUAAGUAAUAUUUCACAUACUUAUUCUUUGGUAGUGGUGUCAUAACGAGCAGGGAAAUAGGAAGUCCAGAAUCUCAAAUAACUCUAUGUUCCGCCCCCACCUUCAUUAUGGUAUUUUUCAGAAGUUAGUAGGAGAAGCUUUGUUUUGAGCAUUUGCAUGAAAAUAAGAUUAAUCAGAUCAUACAACACAGUUCAAGUAUUCAUCAUCUACAGUGUUUUUAGAUUUGACCUGUAAUAUGUAUACAUUGUUGUUAGAUCUUUAAAUAGUUAAUACUUAAUUUCAGUUCACAUAGAGGUUUUGCUUACAGUGGUCCCUAGUUUGGAAAUGGUCGGAUCUGAUGAUACUCGAGAGUCUCUCAUGUAAGGAGUUGCUCUGGGGUCUGUGACUUAGGCUUAAAUCCCAGAUCUGCAAGUCGCGCAGUGUGAUCUUGGGCCCUAACUUUCUCAUCCAUAAAGUCAGGGAGGGGGGCCCAACUCCUGAGGUUAUUCAAGGAUGAAAUACAAAGCACUUGGCACAUAGGACCUGAAAUACAGUAAAUUCCUAAUUAAAAUUUCUAUCCUAACCAUCAUAAAAUGAUUGUUACUAAAAUCUCUCUUCAGUAAUAGAGAUUCCCACAGGGGUUAAGCUCGGGGACAAUGAUGGCAACAGUGUACUUCUGAAUCUUCCAGCCAGAAUACAGAGUAAUCAGUGUAGCCCCAGAACCGGUUCUACAAAACUAGAUGACCGUUGUCCCCAUGAACUUCAAAGCACAAGUAAGGAAGGACAGACCACUGGCCGACACAGUUUCAUCAUCUGUGUGUGGGGAUGGGGAGCGUAGGCAGCUGUGUUCUGACAGCCCCCCCCCCGCCCCCAUUUUUCAGCCAACUGGCAGGGGCCAGUCAACAGAAGCUGGAACUGGGCAGGCUUCAACAAGUUCCAUUUGCAGGGGAGCGUCAUGGCAAUGUAGCCAGGUUUGAUGAGUGUGCCCAGUGCUGUACAUGUUUCACAGCUGAUGAGACAAAGCCUAGCCCUGAGGAGAAACUGCUAGAAUUAGGAUUUCAGCCUGACAGGACAGGUACGAUAGGGCAAAGAAAAGAGAAGUCCUGGUAAACGUUGGGAAGGAAGGUCAGUAGCAAUGUCCUGUCACUUUGUGGAAAUGAAAAGGGAGCUUCAGGGCAGUGGAGCUAAGAAAAGUCCUCGUAGAGCACACCCCUCCCAAAAAGUACAGGAAAAAUCUCUUCCAAAGAAAAAAACAAAACAAAACUGUGAGGAUUACAAUCAAAUCUCAUCCAGAAGUUAGAAGAAAUAAGAGAACAAGCAAGGCAGCAUCCCCGAAGACAGGGAGAGCACACCAGAAAGAUACGACCACGAGGCUGAUGCAGGCCUCAAUCUUUGUUUAAAAAGCAUUUAUGACAGGAAAUGUAUAGUGUUUAGAACUGUAUCAUUAAAAAUGGGAGAAGCUGAAAAUCAUACAACCAAGCCUUAAAAACUGGAGGAAUAAAGCAAAGCAGAAGGAAACAGAAGGAGGAAAUUGUAAUAAGGGAGAGAGGGAGUGAAUUAAAAUAGACAAACCACCAGCUAACCCAUUCAAGAAAAAAGGGAGGACGCAGAAAAACACAUUGAAAUGACAACGGGAGAAAUAAAACAGGAAAUUUUUCAAAGUUACAAGACUAAUUUUAUAUAAUAAAUUGGAAAAAUAACUGGCCUAGAAAAAUGCAGAUUGCUGGGGUUUACCCUCAUAGACACAGAAAUUUAAACCAAUUACCAUAGAAGGAACUAAUAAAGGACUCCUUACCAGAAAAUUGUAAGGCCUUGAUUAUUUCAAGGGAUUUCUGCUAAACCUUUAAUACAAUGUUGUUGAUACAAUUCCAGAAGCUAGAAAAAGAAUCUUAAACCAGAAGUGCCAAAAAAAUUUUUUAAGACUUCUGAAUUGAUUUUAUAAAGUGAGUACAAUAGCGUUUCUAAAACUUGACAAAAGGUUGUACCAAAGAGGAAGUUAUAGACCACUCAAAAUAUGCAUUGUGUGUUUGCAUUAGCAAACACUCCAACAGCACUUUAAAGAAGUAGUAAAUCACGACAACGUUGGGUUUGUUAUAGGAAUGCAAGGAUAAUUCGGUAGUAGACAAUCCACUAAUAUCCAUCAUAUUGAAAGAGUUAAGGAGAAACUCAUUCUCCAUUUUUCAGAAGAGGCAUUUGGCAGAAUUGAGACUUCAGUCCAUGCUGAAUGUACUCAAAAAACAGAAACCGAUGAGUAAGUCGUUCACAUUGUACCUCUGUCCAAAUGCCGGCAUCUCAACAUCGAAACAAAAGAGGCUUUCCACGAAGUGAAACAAGACGUACCUCUGUCUCUGUCUACCACUUAACAUUGUAUUGGUUUUAGCCAGUGCUAUUUGACAAAACAAAGCCAUGUGAAUUUCAUGGAAAGGAGGAAGCAUUUGCAGAUACACAUAUCUGGAAAACCUGAAGAAAUUUGUUGAAUAACUGUAAGAGAACUUGACUAAAGUAGCAAUUACAAAUAAACAUUCAAAUAUCAUACUUGCAUUUAAGCGUCAGCACUCACCAGACACAAAAGAGUGUAUGUAACUAACUCCAUUUCAAUGAAGUUCAAAACAGGCAAAACGUAUCUAUAGAUGGCAAAAAUCAGCAUCGUCUUUCAGUCACUACCCCGCUCGCCCAAGGUAAGCACUGUCAUGACGAAGUCACCAUCGGUUUUGUCUGUUUUUAAACUUUACAUGUAAAGUGGAAUCAUAUACAAUAUUUUUCAUCUGGCUUCUUUAUUCAGCAAGGCCGGGGAGAGUAGAGGCAGCUUCUAUGGUGCUGGUUACAUAGGUGCAUUCAUUUUAUGACUACUUCUCAAGCUGUAUACUUAGGAUUUGUGCACUUUUCUGUAUGUAUAGUUACAGUUCAAUAAAAAUGUUUACUAAAAAGGAUAAAAGACUUUAUAUAUAUACAAACCUAGUUAGAAGAUGCCCUUGAAGAGAGAAGACCCCUUUUGCGAUUACAAAAAGAAACGUACGUGUAACCCUUUUUUAAAGUUCAUUUUUUCAAUCUCUACGCCCAACGUGGGGCUCAAACUCAUGAACCCGAGGUCAAGAGUCACAUGUUCUCCCGACUGAGCCAGCCAGGUUCCCUUAUGAGGAAAACUUUUAAAAAAUAAACUCUUGCUUGAAAAUUAGACUUUAACAAUAAAAAUAUGUAUCCUAUUCUUAAGAUUCAGCAUGAAAUCCCAGUAAAAAUGAUCAUGUUUGCUUCUAUUUGAAAGAACAUGCUAGAAAAGCUAUGGAAACUGAAAAGAAUGAGAGGGAUUAGCCCUACCAGACAU